UCCAUAUUUGGACACAGGGAAAAAUCUUUCGGGUAAAUCGCAGCUGGUGUCCAACCUUUUUGAGUGGUUGGAAUUGGAGGCUGAUAGAUGGGUGUGCUUAGCCGGAGACUGAGCAAGGAUGAAAGAAAUAGUUAUAGGGAUGAGCAGCGUCUGUUAUUACCGGGUGGUCGAGGAGACUCAUUGAUGCCUUUCCCCAGGCCCAAAAGGGACCGCGGCGCCGUUCCCGUUCUGCCAGGUUCAUCCGCGAAGAGUUAUGAGACAUUUAAACCUAUCAAUACCAUCGGUGUUAAGCCAGACACGCGGAUAAACCGGGCCUCAUCUAUAUCAGAACCUUCAUUUACCACGCCGAAACCGCUGGGGUUGGAUAAGUUUACAGUUAUACCGGAUUCAGAUGAUGAGGAAGCCACGCCGCCGCGGAAGCGUUUAAAACGAGAGAGCCCUGAAAUUAUUGACCUUGAGAGCAAUGACCAGUCAUCGAUUGUUCCAACAUCACCUAGUGCUGAUAUCUUGAUUGAAGACUCUGUUCCACUAACUCCGGUCCCAGAAAAGAAAAUCAAAACGCGACAUACCUCAAAAUAUUGGCCUCUAGCAGAAAAUGCUCUGAAGACACCAUCUCCAGGGGCCCCUCGACGUAAGCUAUGGUCUGGCCGCAUGCGAGAUGCCUUUUCUGACUCGGACACUGGGCAACCUGCAAACAAAGCAAAACCUGAGCAAAAUCGGCCCAUUGGUGUUGAUCUCCAAAAUAAACGUACUUCUAAAAAGGGCCAUAGCAUUUGGAGUGUGCCUGAAGUUGUGGUGAAGCCUCCAAAUGCCGAAAUAAUAUCCAAGUACCCAAAGGAAAUCGACCGCAGUGUCAAUCACAGAUCCUUUGCAGGUAGUGACGGGGGCAGCUACGACUCAAGGGAAAGCCCAGAUGAGCUUCAAGGAAACAAAACUAUUUCUGAUGCUUGGAAGGAACGACACGCCCUCAGAAGAAAUGUUUCGCCAAGUAACAUUCGUCACACCAGGUUCACCAACAAAGCCAGCCAGAAGACACUUUCUCGACAUGAAGAGAAAAAGAUAAAAAAGAAACAAGCACUAGUGACGUUUGAUAUUAGCAUGUUCCGCUAUCGAGAUUUCCUUGCCAAGCCAUUGUCCCGUCUAACCUACAAUAAGGAGACUUCUGAGUUUUCGAUUACUUCUGCGGGUGAUGCUCUUUCAUCUAAGACCAAGACCUUCAACUUUAUGAAAGCUAUCCGGAUGCAUUAUGGGGAGAACGCUGACUGCGGCAAAGUCCGACUUAUCUUUCCACAAUCACAAGGUGUGAGCAGUGAAUUCGCUGAUAUUGAGUUCUCCAGUGAGUCGGAGAAAGAGAAAUUUUGGGAUAUUAUCCAUGCAGGAAGCCCAUCUCUCAAGCGGCAUAAAAAGAAAAAGGAAUGGAUGGAGGAACUCUUCCUAGCGCCUCAGCGGUCAGCAAAUACAGACAAGGCGGAUACCCUAAAGCACCAGAAACCAAAGCCACUUGGUGCUACCAAGGAAGCGAAUUUCCCGAGCGUUCAGCCAAAGCGAAUGAAACUAAGUGCCAACCUUGGAAACGGAGACGAAUCUAUUUCAAGCCGCCCCUCUGAGAAGUUGAGUCAUGCCCAUCCCUCCCCAAGCCGGCCGGAAUCGACUACGUCUAUGCCUGUAAGAACGUACUGCAUUUCGCCUAUUGCACGUAAGACAAGAUCUGCUUCUCGAAAACAGAACUUAGAAAUCAGCAGUAAUGAUGAGGAAGAGAAACCCAUAAGUACGUCAAUCUUUGAUGUACCAGGGAAACAAUGGCAGAACCCUCUUGUAUACCCUGCGAUUGGUAAGAAAAAGGCUGAGGUUGAAGCCCAUGACUUAGACCGACUCAGGCCGCACGAAUUCUUGAACGACAACCUUAUUGGGUUGUAUAUUCGGUUUCUCGAACAUCAUUUGGAACGCCAACAUCCAGACUUUGCGAAACGGGUUUAUUUUUUCAACUCCUACUUCUUUGCAACAUUGACGAAUAACUCUAAAAACCAGAAAGGAAUCAACUACCAGGGCGUUGAAAAAUGGACAAGGUCCUUUAAUAUAUUCGAAUUUGACUACCUGGUUGUUCCUAUUAAUGAGAAUGCCCAUUGUUUGUUUUCAUCAAAGGUGGAUGAUGGCCUAUCUGGCUCAGAGAAUGCCGGCCAGCAAGGAAUUGAUACCAGUGAAGCAAAGUUCAUCGAUAUGCCAUCCAACAUUACGACCGGGGGCUCGAAACUUGAAAUAGGUAAAUCAGCUAGCUCAGACUCUGAAGCUGCUAAUGAGGGCGAAAUUCAAGAAUCCUUCACAUCGAUGACCCUGGAUGAUAUCGUUUCUGGAGAAGCUAAAGAGGCUGAAGCUGCUGCUGCCGAAGAUUGGCCGGAUGAGGAUGAAAACCAGCCUUCACCUCCUAUAUACAGGAAAAGAGGAAGGUCUUUCUUGGACGAAGCAGCCAAGCAUUUACAACCUUCGGAUGUUACUCAGCCAGAACAACCAUCCAAAACGUCUAAAGCAGCGAAGAAACGUGGCAAAAAGAACCGUGCCCCAGGAAUUAGAUACGACGCGAAGCAGCCAGCAAUUAUCGUCUUCGAUUCAUUGGAUUGUCCACGGCGCCCUACAAUUGGAAUCCUUAGAGAGUAUCUCGAGGAAGAAGCCCAAGCAAAACGAUCUCUGACUAUCGACUCUAAAGAAAUAGUGGGAAUGAAUGCGAAGCAAAUACCGCAUCAACCGAACUUUUCCGACUGUGGGCUCUAUCUGCUCGCCUAUCUUGAGAAAUUUGUGCAAAAUCCAGACAUCUUCGUUAAAUCGGUACUUCGCAAGGAAAUGAACCGAAACAAAGAUUGGCCUGCAAUGAAACCAGGCUUAUUUCGGUCUCGAUUUCGCAAUUUUCUCUUGGAUCUUUACGAGGAGCAGGAGGCAUUGAAGAAUGGAAAGUUGAAAGAAAAUGAAUCACUUAUUGCUGAUGCAAAAUCCCUGAACAUUCUCUUGGACAAGCUGCCAACCGAAGAUGACCGCUUGACUGACGAGGAUAAGAAGGGAUCAGAUACGUCUAAGGUUACCCCGGAGCCAAAACCUAGACGCGCCGUUUCUGAAAUACGGGUGACUCCUACCCGCUCAUCCCCUCGUCAUAGCAGAAAGGGGCAAGAUAUUCCAAGAUCCAGCUCUCCAAAGCUUCCGGGAUCUAUUAUCAUUCCUCCCACCCGCAGUUCUAUGUUUUCGGGCUUUCAGGACGCUAUCUCUAAACAGAAUGAAGGCUCCGAGGAAGAAAGCAUUCAAGUCCCUAUGACGCCACCUCCUGCGAGCCCAAGUGUUGUCGUCUCCAGCCCAUUCAGCCUUCGAUCCACUCUAGCCAGCUCCAAACAGAAUCAGACAUAA